AUGUCAUCAGGAUACGAGGAGCCUGAGAAGCUGAUGAGGAACCACCUCGAGUUCCAGAAGCUUCUUGACCAGAUUUCCGAGCAGACGGAGAUCAGUCAAGCAACUUCGCCGAGUCGAGACUUGAGGACUCCCGGGCCGAGCGAAAAAUCCAGUCUUGAGUUGGGCAGAGGUCACUUUGAAAGGUCCCGGCUGCAUCGCUCCGAUCCGGGGCAUCGAGCUUUUCCAGAUGGUCAGAAUCUGGCUGUCCAGAGCGAGAUAGACAUGUUGAGGAACAUUCAAGCAGCCAGGUCCACUUUUUCUGAGCAGCGCAAGGCGAUGAAUGACUCGAGCUGGAAGAACGAAACAAACCGAAGGCCUUUGAAUGAGGGCAGCAACGGAAAUGGCUACGUGGGAAUGGAGAAAGAGACGCAGCUUUACACCGAACUCGGUUACCUGGUCCAGGAAAGAGACAUCUUGAUCAAGGAGCGGAAUGCCCUUCAAGUCAUUCUCAACAGAGCAUCUGAUGAAAUCAAGCAUCUUGUCUCCGGGGAGCAAAGGCACGUUGAGGAGCUGAAGAGUUGGGUCAAGCAAAGAGACCAACUCAAUCGCGACAAGAUCCAGCUUGAAGUUCGUGCGUCUGAUGAUGCAGAUGUGAUCCGAACGAUGUUGGCGAACAAAUCUGAAGCAGAGAGAAGGGCUGAUUCAUACAUGCGGGAAAUUGAGAACUUGAAAUCGAAAGUAGAGGAGAAAACGAACGAGCUGUCUAAAAGCCACUCUUCCAAGGAAUCUCUUGCCCAGAAAAUUUCAAAUCUGGAGGAUACGAUUGGCUGGAAGGACAAAGAAAUCAAUCGGCUGGAAGACGAAGUCUGCAGACUGAGAAGUGAUUGUGCUUCAGCGUUCCAGGGCAAGGUUGAUAUUCAGGACGCAAGUGAUGCGUACAGAGAGUUGGAGAGAGAGCGCGAUUCUCUGCUCCUUCAGUUGGCUGCCGAUCGAGAGGGAAGGAUCCAAGAGAUGACGGAGGAUCAGAACGAGCGGAAUAGGCUCACCAUGGAGCUGAGAAAUGCGCAAGAAGAGCUUCAUCGGGUAGUUGAUGCCAAUCAUGGCAUGCAGAGUGUAAUCCAGGAGAAAGAUGAGAUCAUCGCAAGGAUGUCGCAAGAUCUAGAAAGUUUUCAGACUCACGUCAGUUACCUUGAAGGGAAGGUGAAGGAGCAGGAGUAUGAGAUUUUCGCCACGAAGGAGGAGCUCAUGGGUGUACACAACGAAAAUCACAACAACUACGAGAAGUGCUCUUGCCUUCUCCAGGACCUUGCGAGAGCGAAGGAGCAAAUCUCGUCGAUCAAGUCUGAAAAGGAGAGGCUGGAGAAGGAGAUGAGGAAAUUCUCGGCAGAGCGCGAUGAAUGGGCGGCGCAUCAGGCCUUCCUCCUCGACAACGUGAUCGCGUCGUCGUCGUCGUCUCAUCGUCAAACGUCGAAGGCUUCUCCUCCUUCAAGCAGCUGGAAAGAAUCUCCGAAGGAGGAUGAUACGUUUCAUGUUGAGCGGUCAAGCAGCAAAUCGUCCCUUCCUCCACCCAGGGAAGUCCAGAGACCGUCUCCUGUCACCAGCCGAAGUCUCGCCGUCCAGCAAGAACUCCACAACAGAAGUCGGAAGAUGCAGGCUUUGUCAACUCAAGCAGAGUAUCUUCGCGGUCUCGUGGAGCGAUGUGAAGCGAAUCCGUCCUCGUAUGCUGCGUCGGAGCUUCUACUCCAGACGCACAGGACUCUGGUAGAGCUUGACAGGAACACGGCAGCCGAAAAAUCCAACUUACAGGAAGCGCAGGCGAAGGUGAAGGAAGUGACAUUGUCGGAGGCUACCGACGUGCUCUCAGUGGCAUGGAGGGCUAUGGCGUUGCCGAUUUCACAUUGUUGCACGGACGAGGAUCUGCAGAGCAAGUGCCUGGCGCUUCUUACGAGCCUACAGGAACGUUGGAACAUCUAG